AUGGUGUCGGAAUCCACGGACUUAGGACGCGAAAAGAUGCGGCUCGAAGACUCUACCCCUGCUGGUCGAGAUGGGCAGCACUCACCAGUCCCUCCGGUGAGCGAACCAGCUCGCCGGCGCCGGCGCCCUGCCGUGGAGAUGCCAUGCAGCAACUGCGUGGCUUUCCAGAAAGAGCCUUGUGUCUAUGAUGGCUACCCUCCACUCUGCCGACGACUGUCUCGGCCACCUAGCCAACAAGAGACCAGCGGCCUUGCCGAUGUUUCCGCGACACUUCUAUAUACACAGGUUAACGCACCGUCGGCGUCGGCGACCAAUCAGAGCUCACCUAGAGAAGACAUUCUGUCUAUGAAGAGCCGAAUCAAGCAAUUGGAAGACGAGCUUGCGACUGUGACUUCGCGUUUGAGCGGGCCCUCGGUGCCGACUCCACGAUCAAACAGCGAGUUCACGUCGUCAUUCCUGGGUGGUGGCAUUCAGAUCCGGCACGAGUGCCGUUUCCACGGCCAGGUUCAGGAGAUUGGCCACGGGCUUAUGCACAAGACGCGGCUCUUUGGGCAAAGCCAUUGGAUGAACGGAGUGGCCCUGGUAUGGAAUCUCCUGGAAGUUCUGGAACCUUAUAUGCGAGAUGGGCAGUCAGCCGUGGCGGCAAAACUCCAACGAUGCAAGUCUCUGGCCCGAACGAUCAAGACUUGCCGCGAGCCGCCGUGGCCCACUCUCUUGAACGCCUCGGUACCUGACAGGCACAUCUCAGACAAGCUCGUGGGCUGUUACUUGCGGACUGUGGAGACGGUCUACCGAAUCGUACACAUACCGAGCUUCAAAAGAAGCUACGAAAGCCUCUGGACAUCGUCGGGCCCUCCGGACCUGAACGUCGUAGCGCAGUUCAAAAUGGUCUUGGCCAUCGGUGCGACGAUGUUCGACGAUAGCUUUAGUCUCCGAAACGAGGCGGUACGAUGGAUUUUCGAAGUUCAAACCUGGCUGCUGAGGCCGCGGUUCAAAGCGCAGCUGAAUCUCCAGACACUUCAAACAGAGAUCCUUCUCAUCCUCGCCCGGGAGAUGGUUGGCGUCGACAGCAGCGCAACUUGGGUGUCUAUCAGUCUGAUCAUGCGCAAGGCCGUGCAGAUGGGCCUCCAUCGCGACCCCGCCAAGCUGGCCAAGGGCUCUGUCUUCGCCUCGGAGAUGCGCAAGAGGCUUUUCAACACCAUUCUUGAACUGGCUCUGCAGUCGAGCAUCCUCUCUGGCGGACCACCUUUCAUUUACCCCGAGGAAUUCGAUACAGAAGGGCCCGGAAACUUUGAUGACGAACAGCUUAUGGAAGAAAACCCUUCACCGAAGGUAGACAAGCACUUCACACAAUCGAGCAUGGCAAGGCUUCUCGCGCGCACCUUCUCGGAGCGGCUGGCCAUCGCAAAGGUUUUGAAUAGUGUCAACGCCGGCGACUCUUAUGAGGAGACACUCCGCCUUGACUCGCAGUUGCGAGCUGCUUAUAAAGACGCGCGCAAGAGAUUCCUUCCAGAUGGCUCACUUGCGGCCACUGGCGAGUCAGCCUCCCAUUUCGCCAGCACCUUUGUCGAAGUCCUCGUCAAUCGCUACCUGCUGGCUCUCCAUCUGCCAUUUCACAUCCCGUCCCUCACCAAUGCUGGGUACGCCUUCUCGCGCAAGGUCGUGAGCGAUGUCUCAAUCAAGAUAUGGCGCAGUCUAUUCCAGCUACCCGUCACCACUGCCGCGGCUGCGACGGAUCAGGGAUACGACGACAUAACGCGCCUGACCACAUCGCCGUGGUCCUUCUUCCACACCCUCCUUCGCCAGGUGCCCCUCGCCAUCUGCACUGAGCUCGGCGCCCAACUGCGCGAAGAAGAGGAUAGCCUCGGCCCUGUGCCGCUCAGGUCCGACUGGGUUACCAUCGUGGAGCAGGCGAAAGUCUGGUUCUUCCGUUGCAUCGAGAUAUGGAACACCAAUGUCAAGGGCUACCUCCUGAUGCGGAUCGUUGCGGGGCCUAUCGAAGCGUACAUGCAGAGCCUCGACAAGGACAAAGUCACCCAAUACUUGGUGUACACUGCGGAGGAAGCCUUGGAGAAGUGCCUGGCUGUGCUGGAGAAGGCUGCUGCCAACGUCCAGCCGUUGCCGAGGACGGAUUCCGCUCUCGUUGAGUCUAUGGCGCCAUCGGAUGCAGUCAUUCCGGCCGUUGUAGACCCCUCGACGACUAUGGGUGAAGACUGGGAUUUUAUGAUGGCGGAUGCGGAAUUCAAUUUUGGUUCGGCCGAGCCGAUAGACUGGCUUUUCGAUGAGACUACUUGGAAAUUCAUUGCUAGAGACUCUGCGCGCGAUGCCCUGCUCGUCACAGUAUACGGUGUCUUCGUGGUGAUCGAUGUAGUAAUGCCCACCCUCGGGGCAUUGCUGGACCUCCUUGGUCCAGCCAGCCGGGGGGCCGUGAGGGACCGGAUCCUCAACGGUGGGCUCAGUUGGCUCCUUCAAGAGAUGCUUGGGGUCGAUGUUGAAUUGUCUCUGGUAGUGUUAAAGGAGGAUGGGCGGCUUGUUGCCCCAGUUGUAGGUGGUAUCCUUCAGCGGCGUACCCUUCUUCUUCUUCUUUCCCUCUCUCUGUGCAACGAGGACGCACAACUCAUACCUAUCGUUCACCAGGCGAACUCCAAUAUGGCAAACGAACUUGCUCGCAGUCGCUCGCCCUUCUCCGUGAAUGGCCGACCAGUUGGUCGACUAGCCCGAAUUGGUGGCAUUGUUCGGAUUGGUAUUCGUCAAGUAGGCUUGGAGUUCCGUCUUCAGCUUUUUGGUCAUGCCCCCCAGCAUUUCGCAUUCAUCACUUUGACCACUUUCACACUUCCGGGAGCAGGUCUAUUCAUUGCCCACAACUGCAAUCGCGCACGUCCCUGGGUCUCUGAAAGUAGGGCCAAGACAGCCACUCAGCACCCCUACGAGCCGGGAAUGGUCUUGCAGCUGGACGUUCUUGAGAACUUUCGCUCCCCGCCCUUACCACGACUUGUCUCGUUCGUCAUCGACAAGAUUCUCGACUUCACCAUGUCUUUCGCACUGCAAGUCACUGUCAAGGAUGAGAAUGGAAAGGAGUUUCACGCAGUGCUCAAGCUCUACGAUCGGCGGUUCGGCACAGGAUUCCGAAAGGAUCAACAUCACACCCUCGAAUCCGAAGAGGCUUUUGAGUCGUUCGUGCUCCGCUCGGAUCAGAUGGUCGCUCUCAACCGUGAAGUGACGGAGGAGGUCGUGGGCGAGGAUGGCAUCAUCCACUGGCCGCUGUCGGCCUUCGAUUUCGAACAUGAGGGCAAGUCAAUCCCGCAGAUGUACGCUCACGUGCGCGUCCAACUUGAGGACACCGUCAAGGCCGAGCUCGCACCCUACAAGGAGGUCAAGGGCAUUCUCAUGCAAUACAUCGACGGCUACAGCCUGAUGGACCUGGCGUCCUCGCCCCGCCCGCCCAAGCAAACCGAGCUCAUGCACGGCAUCUUGCAAUCUGCCGUUGACCUCGCGCACCAGAUCGCAGAACUCGGCGUCCUCCUAAUCGACGGCCGUCCAGCUAACGUGGUCGUAAUGGCGGAGACGCAGGCGCCCUACUUCAUCGACUUUGCUCAGUGCGCCCUGCAGGAAGAGGUGGUCGCGGACUGGGAGCAAGAGAUGAAGCGGCGACUAGAUUCAUACGAGUCCCGCAAGGCAAAGAUGGCGAUGCAGACUGAGCCUGCAGGCUUACCUGACACCCAAAGCUUUGAGAAUCCUCACAGUAUCGACGACUCCCAGGACGUUGAGAAGACUGGUGACGUUGACGAUGGUGAGGAGGCCACGAAUGGCGAGACCACUUACAUCAUGGAGGAUAUUCAGAUUCAGGGCAUGGACAAUGAGACCACCAAAGACCUUGAUGGUAGUCAGAUCAUUCACGGCUUUGAGGACUUUGCGAUCGCCCAGGACAAGGAGCCAGGCUCGAGGUCAAGCUCAGGCGCUUACUGUACUGUCAGCACCGUGAGCAUUGCCAACACCGACAACACUAAUAGUGGCGAGAGCAUUGAGAGCGUCCCCAACCCCAAUCCUGGCAGCAUUGAGAUUACCGGUAACUAUGAGAGCGUCGGCAAGGACGAUGUCGACGAGAACAACAAGAUCAAAGACGACCCUGCAAACGGCAUGGAGAGCCACAAGCACACCGAGAGUAUCGAGAUCAUGGAGAUUAUGGGAGUCAUGGAGAGCAUCGACAGCAUCGACAUCCCGGAGAGCCAAAACCACACCACCAGCCCGGACAGCACUGAGGUGGUGAUCAGCCCACGCAUCGCUGCGAAUGGAUACGUGUUUGAGCAUGACGACGAUAACCUCCAAAGCGACCCCCAGGCCGAGUACUGGUACCAGGCAAUGGAAAAUGCUUACGAGAUCGGACUAGAGAUGGAGAGCCACCUACAGCGCACCAAGGGCUUGAAGUUGGAAAUCAAGUAUGUCGACUAUGACGCGAUCAUUGCCGGUAUCAAACAGCGCGCGGGUCUCUUGAUGUAA